AUAUUUACAGGCUGAAUCAGGUUGAUGCUUUCAAACACACAUUUCGGAUCACCCAAUCACAAUAGGAAAUUUAAUCAAGCUAGUCCCGGGCUUGGUUCACUCGUGGUGUGUGACCUUGGUGCAAGAGUUUCUUAUAGAUAUGGAAGAGACAAUAGUGAGUCAAUUAUCAGAUGAGGAAAAUAGAGAGGUUAUGAAAAAAAAGGUAACAGAUGAAACAGAAGUGGACAGAGAGAAGAAGAGCGCCGCACUGACGGCAGCGCAGCGGGCGCGCGCCGAGCGGAACCGGCAGCGGGCGCUCGCGCUGAAGCAGGCGCGGCUGGUGCAGCGGCCACGUGAGCUCGCGAGCCGUACUCUUGGGCAUUGUAGUGGUAGCGGUGCAGCCUCUAUAGUUCGAAAUGAAGUAGUCGAGGAGGCGCGCGUGGAGCGAGCGCAGCGCGGCCGCGCCGUGGACACGGGCGGCGGCUUCCUGCUGGAGGAGGGCGCGGACGACGGCGAGCGCGAGGCGCGGCCGCGCGCGCCGCCCGCGCCCGUGGUGCACCGCGCCGACCAGCCGCACUGCCUGCUGUGCGCGCGCCCCUUCCCGCAGUCCUACCUCUUCGACACCUUCGACUACAGCGUCUGCGACGCGUGCAGGGACGAUGAGGACGCGCACUGCCUCAUCACGCGCACGGAGGCCAAGAGCGAGUUCCUGCUGAAGGACUGCGACCUGGACCUGCGGCCGCCGCCGCUGCGCUGCGUGCGGCGCCGCAACCCGCACCGCUCGCGCUUCGCCGAGAUGCGCCUGUACCUGCGCGCGCAGGUGCGGGAGCGCGCGCUGGCCGUGUGGGGCUCCGAGGAGGCGCUGCGCCGCGAGCGCGCCGAGCGGCUGGCGCGCCGCGAGCGGGCGGCGGACACGGCCGCGCGCCGCCGCCUGCGCGCGCUGCGCAUGGACGUGCGCUCCAGCCUGUACGAGCGCACGCGCGCCGCGCACGAGCACGCCUUCGGGCCUGAGACCUACGACGCGGCCGCCGACGCGUACAGUCGCGCCUGCGCCUGCGGCCACGUCGAGACCUACGAGAAGAUGUGACUCCCGAGUGCGAGCCGCAACGUCGACCGCAGUGCGGACGAGUGUGUCGUGAUCGAAGGAAAACCAAAUGCAAGAUGUGAGAUAAUACAACACUUUUACUAUUCUUAUAAAUAAAAAUGUGAUAUUAAGUCUAAAUAGAAAAUGUUUUCUCAAAUACCACCAUGACACCGACAAAUGCUAUGCGAAGUAAACGUAUACUGUGUAUGGAAUGAUUUAAUGACACAAUAAAUUUCAUCAAUUGGUGUUCUUUCAAUAUCAUAAACUUACUUAACACGAAUGGUAAGGUCGAAACGUUUCCCCUGUUAACACAUUCUCAUUACUCUAACAUGUAACAUUGUCGGUGACAUGACAGAAAAUAAAAAGUUCAUAUUUAAAUUGACUUCAAAUCUUCUGGUAGCUCAUUCUUGGGAUGUUUGUUUUCAAAAUGCUGCUUAUAAGUCUUGGGGUCCGGCAUCUGCGCCUAAAACAAAUAUGCCUCAGUUAAAUUUAUUUUUCUUAAACUAUUUAAAAGAUCAACUAAAGAAAUGCUAAUAAAAUAUGAAAAGAAAUACAUUUUCUAUUGUCGUGUUUAUAAUAGUGUAUUAAUGUUAAUGGGUAUCAAAUAAUCUCUUUUAUAGUACAAAUAAAUGAAUUUUUUGAUGACUA